AUGGGGCGGGCACCGAAAAGCGGGUACUGCCACACCUGUCGCCAGAGGCGGGUCAAAUGCGACAAGGAGCGGCCAGAGUGCCAACGCUGCCGUCGAUCUGGCCACCAAUGCCAGGGCUAUGAGGCUGUGCUGCGCAUGCAGAGCCAUGCGGCCGUAGCUGGAGCAGCGCCCGGGACGUUGCGGCUGGGCAAGAUUCAGUCGAUGACAUCGUAUCCGGGAGGAGGAACAGCAGUGGCAGCUCGCUCGCGGCAGAAGCAAGCGGCCAGCAGCAGUCCUCCUGCAGAGCUCAGCUUUGCCGGAUUCGCCGACGACAUGGCGUUUUCGUAUUUUUUCCAGUCGUACAGCUGGAUCAAUAUGUACAGCAUACUGCUGCAGGACAGCUCGCUGCGUGGCUGCUUCGAGGACGGAGACAUGACCGGCGACAGUCUGCGGGCUCUCUGCUAUGGCCUUCUUGGUCGGGACAAGUCCAUCUAUAUGCUACAGGAUGCAGGAAGGCGGGCGUAUGGCCGAGCUAUUCGGAGUCUGCGCACCAGGAUGGCGGCCACGUCCAAGGCAGACAUGGCGACGCUAGUGAAGCCGAUCUCUCUGAUGGGCUCGUAUGCGGUCGCCGUGGACCAGGACCUGCGAUUUACGCACCACGCUGGGCUGGCACACGUGCUUGAGUACUGCGGCCCGGAGCAGUUCCAGUCGGCGGCGCUCUUGCCUGUGUUUGAGUCUAUACGAUGGACCCUGAUCUCGGACGCGAUCGUGCGGCGACAGGGGACGUUCCUGGAGCAGGCAGAGUGGAAGACGGUGCCGUGGGCGGCUUGUCCGGAAGCCAAGAGCGUCACGAGCAAGCUGCUGGACGUCCUGGCCGGUCUCCCUACCAUCCUGCAGGGCGUCUGGGGCAUCCUGGCGGACCGGUCGCAGUGGGCACUGGUCGGCGGUCCCCGGAUCGAGCAGCCCGACACGGUGCCGCGGCUGCAGGUUCUCGUGCGCCAUUUCGAGGCUGGCGGCGAGGCGUGGCGUCGCGAGUGGGAGGCAGCCGAGCCGGAGCUCGCGCCACGCGUCCUGGCGUGGGCCCUGUUCCAGGCCGCCGACGACAGCUAUCGGCCGGGGGUGUUUGGAGUGCAGGGUCCGGACGUGUUCGACUUGUCUGUGGCGACGGUCGAUUCGGACGGUGUCAGGCUGCUGGACGCGCAGCGGGAUGACGCAUCGUUUGAGCGUCUGGCCCGGCUGAUGCAGGACACAGCGCUGUAUGCGACGGUGCUCGUCUGGACGACACGGCUGGACCGAUAUCUGGCCGGCGCGGCGCGGUCGGCGUCGUGCAUCGACUUUAUGGCAGCGCCGUUCCGUACGCGCUGCACCUGUUGUGAGACGCCUCCGAUGCGGCCGUGCGAGACCGUGCCGCCUGCCGGUGUUGAUGGUGCUGCUCGAGCCUCUCCCGACAUGGCGUGGAAUGUCUAUACGUGUGUUCUGGCUGUAUCGCCGUUGCGGAUUGAUCCAGGAGGCUCGGCUGCCGGCAGGCUGGACUCCAACGAGCUGCUGCCCGGCGAUGUACGGUUUGUGGCGCAGCUGCGGAUCCUUGCGUGGCUGUGCAGCCGUCUGCCGGCGUCGCGGAGCCAAGUGCUGGGCACGCUGGCGGCCAUCGGGCUUGGCCACUGCGCACACGACGUGCGGCCGGCCGACGGGAUCACCGAGGUGGCUGCGGUCGCUGUGUCGCGCGUGUUUGAUUCCAGCGACAUCGAUGGGGCGGCCAAUGUGCUGCUGCGGCGCUAUGGACAGUCGGCUCCCCCGAUCACCACCCAGCCCAGACCAACACCAUCCACCGCACACAUGGCCAGACGUCUCCUCUCUGCCACCAUCGGCCUCGUCGGUCUCGGUCUCGGCCUCGCCGAUCAGCAAGCCUGCGCCGAUCAGCAGUUCGACCCAGCCCAGAGCGUCUGCCAUGACGACCGCGUUCUCUGUCCGAUCGUGGCCGGCGAGCCGCUCGCCCACUGCAGCGGCGUCUGCUAUAGCCGCUUCAUGUAUGUCUGCACCGACAACGUGCUCGCACCGCUGCCCGUCCUGGCUGCUGGCACGCCCUUUGCCCUGACGGCCGCCAACCCGUCUGCGCCGGCGGUCGACGGCCUCGCUGUCAGCGCCUGUGCCCUGCGCUGGAACCUUGGCGGGCCUCUGUGCGCCUACUGUCCGGCCGACGUCAUCGCCAGCUGUCCGGUCGCUGACCGCCUCGUCGUCUCGGCUGCUGCCUCCGCUGCCGCACCGUACGGUAUGGACGUCGCCGUCCCCGGCGGCCAGAUCGUCUUCCUCGACGCCGCCAACAAUGCCGUCGCCUACUCUCAGGCCCAUUCUGCUGCCCUGCCGCCCGGUGCCCUCCUCGGCGGCCUUGUCGCCUACAACGGCGGCGGCUUCGUCAACCUUCACGCCGACGGCUGGGCCUGGCUCGCCUGUCCGCCCGACGACAAUACCGCCACCGGCUACUCCCUGCACGCGGCCAGCACCACCAACAAGGACUUCCUCGCCAACUGCACGCCCGUCAACCUCAAGGUCAGCGUGCUGCCGUUGGGGACCGUAGGUGCUUGGCAGUAUACGUGA